AUGUUGGCAUCUACUUGCCUUCGCAGAUUCGGCGCUGCGGGCGCUCGUAAGACAACGAGUAUACUUCCAAAACCACAAUCGCGAUUCUUCAGCUCGACGAAGCCUGUCUCACGAAUAUUCGGAACUCUUCCGCUGCGAGGGAAAGAGGCGUCGCCGCAUGUUUCGAAUAAGUACCCUGUUAUCGACCACGAAUACGAUGCGAUAGUAGUCGGUGCCGGUGGUGCAGGUUUGAGAGCAGCUUUCGGUCUGGCAGAGGCAGGAUUCAAUACAGCAUGUAUCAGCAAGCUGUUCCCGACAAGAAGUCACACUGUCGCAGCACAGGGUGGUAUCAAUGCGGCUCUUGGAAAUAUGCACGAGGAUAACUGGAGAUGGCACAUGUACGAUACCGUCAAGGGUUCCGAUUGGCUGGGUGACCAGGAUGCUAUCCACUAUAUGACACGAGAGGCACCUGCAUCUGUCUACGAAUUGGAAAACUAUGGAUGUCCAUUCUCGAGAACCGAGGACGGCAGAAUCUACCAGAGAGCUUUUGGUGGCCAAUCGCGAGACUUCGGCAAGGGUGGUCAAGCCUACAGAUGCUGUGCUGCUGCUGACAGAACUGGACACGCUUUACUUCAUACCCUCUACGGCCAAUCUCUCCGAUAUAACACAAACUACUUCAUUGAAUACUUUGUCCUUGAUCUCUUGAUGGAAGACGGCAAAUGCGCCGGUGUUCUUGCUUACAACCAGGAAGACGGAACCCUACAUCGUUUCAGAGCCCACCACACCGUCCUUGCUACCGGUGGAUACGGACGUGCGUACUUCAGCUGUACCAGCGCACACACUUGUACUGGUGAUGGAUUGGCCAUGGUCACUCGUGCUGGAUUGCCCGGUCAGGAUUUGGAGUUCGUCCAGUUCCACCCAACUGGUAUCUAUGGCGCUGGAUGCUUGAUCACUGAGGGUUCCCGUGGUGAGGGUGGUUACCUGCUUAACUCUGAGGGUGAACGUUUCAUGGAACGUUAUGCCCCCACCGCAAAGGAUUUGGCAUCUCGUGACGUCGUGUCGAGAAGUAUGACAAUGGAGAUCAGAGAAGGAAGAGGUGUUGGACCAGAGAAGGAUCAUAUCUUCUUGCAACUCAGCCAUUUGGAACCAGAGAUUCUGCACGAACGAUUGCCCGGUAUUUCUGAGACUGCUGCUAUCUUUGCUGGUGUCGAUGUUACCAAGGAUCCUAUCCCAGUCUUACCAACCGUCCACUACAACAUGGGUGGUAUCCCAACCAAAUACACCGGCGAAGUCCUGACAGUUGAUGAACAGGGUAACGACGUUGUUGUCCCGGGUCUCUACGCCGCCGGUGAAGCCGCUUGUGUCUCUGUCCACGGUGCUAACCGUCUUGGUGCCAACUCUCUCCUCGAUCUCGUCGUCUUUGGUCGUGCUGUCGCCCACACUAUCCGUGACAAGGGUGAUAAGGGCAAGAAACAUGAACCUAUCCGCGCUGAUGCCGGUGCCGAAUCUAUUGCCAUGCUUGACAAGGUCAGGACCGCAGAUGGACCAUUGUCGACUGCUGAAAUCAGGUUGAAGAUGCAGAAGGUCAUGCAGACAGAUGUCAGCGUCUUCAGGACUCAAGAGUCGCUCGAUGCUGGUGUUAAGGGCAUUACCGAGGUUGAUCAGUUGUUCGACCAGGUUAGCACGAAGGAUAGGUCUAUGAUCUGGAACAGCGAUUUGGUUGAAACUUUGGAGUUGAGGAAUCUUUUGACCUGUGCCGCCCAAACUGCUGUCAGUGCCGCUGCUCGUAAGGAGUCCCGUGGUGCUCACGCCCGUGAGGAUUACCCAGAUCGUGACGACGAGAACUGGAUGAAGCACACAUUGAGCUGGCAGAAGGAGCCACAUGGAAAGGUUGAAUUGAAGUACAGAGGAGUUAUUGCCAACACUUUGGAUGAGAACGAGUGCAAGCCUGUUCCUCCAUUCAAGAGAACUUAUUAA